UGGUUGUUAUAAAAUAAAUGAUUUUGCUUAACAAAAGCAUACAUUCAGCACAAAUUAGUUUUAUUUCAAACACGCACGUCCACGUGAAGGUUUUUAUUCUGAAGAAAGUAAGCGUGUUUCCGGUAUGUAACGUUUCCUGUUGGGUUUAGCUUGCCCCCUCCGUGCCGCCUCGCAUUAAGCAGGAGCGCAGAGGAACGGAGCGGCGUUGACUCCGACCAGCACCCCCGAGCCCCCGCCCCACUAUGCGGCGGUAGAGCGGCGGAGGUGGAGAGCCCGGGAGACGGAGCUCGGACGGAGGAAAAGCCCACCUCCCCCCUGCCAUCCCCGCCCCCCUGUGCGGUACCACCAUGUCGAACCGCAAGCAUCGGGACAACCAGGAGAUCUGCUCGCGCAAGGUCCGGGAGCUGGCCCAGUCUGGAGUAAACAAACACUGCUUCGAGUGCAAUCAACCCGGGGUGACGUACACUGACGUGACCGUGGGCGCGUUCGUGUGCACGUCGUGCUCCGGAAUGCUGAGAGGCCUCAACCCGCCGCACAGGGUCAAGUCCAUCUCCAUGACAACCUUCUCCCAGCAGGAAGUGGAAUUCCUCCAAAACCACGGCAACGAGGUCGGCAGAAGGACGUGGCUGUGCGCCUUCGACCCCAAGACGGACGGCUGCGACACGAAAGACUCGCAGAAGUUCAAAGAGUUCCUGCAGGACAAAUACGAGAAGAAGAAAUGGCAUUUUUCUAAAUGUAAGAAUCGCAGAGAUGCAGAGGGACCUUGGAGUCCCGGUGUCCAGACCGUCCUCGUUCACGGUCCGCCCUCGCAUAUCCUGCCGCCCAACGCCAGGCAGGCCAGAACGCUGUCUCAGAUGGUGCCUUGUGACCGUGCCUCACCCGCCGACGUCAGGCCAGAUGCGUUCACCGCGCGGCCGUCGCGCUCCCAAAGCUUCCGGGAUCCAUCCCUUAAAGACCAGAACGUCUGCGGGAUUGAGCGACAGCGCCCGGGUUCGCUGUCUUCUGCCCAUGGUCCUUCCUUCCCUGCCCUCCCUCGGCCUUCGGCCAGUAGCUCUUUCAAAAAAAACUUCACCUUAGGUCGUACCACGCCCACGUCGGGCGGCACGGGGCCCUUCAGAGCCUUCCCCAGAUCCCUCAGUUUGGAUUUUGGAGGAUUGAAACAGCCGCAAGCUUCUCUUCCUCAAUCUCUGUCCCAGCAGCAGAGUGCUAGCAACACCCAGGACAGAUACGCUGCGGUGUCUCAACUGGACACCGCAUUCUCUGAAACAGUGCCACCUGCUGGUCCUCCGCAGUACAGCACCCUAUUCAGCAACCGGUUAUCCGGCUCCGUUCCUGCCAGCAGCUCCCCAAGUGUGGAUACGUUGACCACGUCCCAAACAUUUGCAAGUUUCCCCAACCCAUUCAGCUCCGGCUUGGCUUCCCAGCAGCCCGCUGCGCUCUCCCCCAGCAACCCUUUCAGCAGCCCCCCAGGAGGUGACGGCGACGCCUUUGUUACCUCGCCCACAACGGCGUUCCCGCCACCUGCCGCGUUUCCCCGAGAGGCUGCGAACAACCAGGAAGCUAACGGCUUCGCCGCCUUCCCCUCGUGCGACUCCGAGCCCAAAGUCCCUCGACCCAUGUCGGUGAACCCUUUCACAGGGAACGUCUACCCCAGUCGGGGAACGUCACGAAACCCUUUCAUCUGACUCUCUGUUUUUGGACUCUUUUCAAGCUCAGGGAGAGUCAAAGCCUCCGUCCUUCCUCCUCCAGUUGUCUUAUUUAUGUCUGUGUUUACUUGUGCGUGUGAAAAAAAGAAGCCUGAAUGUAAUUACCACUUCCACUUGCGGGAUUUAUUUUUACGCCUUUAUUUUUUUUCCCUUUUUUUUUUUUUUGCUGAACUGUACACUAACUACGCUGCUACUUUGCAUUCAUCCCCUCACACAACAAGAAAAUUCACACUGGCGUAUUUUCUGGACUAUAAGUCGCACUGUUUUUCAUAGUUUUGCUAGGCUUGCGACUUAUACACGAAAAAUACGGCAAAUCCAUCUGUAUUCCCGCUUUUAAACCUAUCUGCCAAAAUGUGUGAUGGUUUUCGGAUUAAGGAUCGCUGCCUUAAAGCCUCCCGAUGCAUCGAAAUGAGAGAAAAAUGUCUUUUGGUUGUUUUUCCCCUGUCUUGGGUGUUAACCACUGCCAGGCUGCAUGAGCUUUGAGGGCUAAAAAAAUGCUACUGAAUGUAAAAAAACUGCAAAUACAGAAUAACUUGUAUAAAAUGA